AUGAACGACAAACAAGCUGCCGCAGAGGCAUCGAUUAUCGACCAAACCAACUUGCUUCCCAAGAGACAAUUACUCAUCGUCUUUGGUGUCCUAGCAAUCUCAUUGUUUAUAUGUUUUGUUGAUCAGAAUGGCAUCGGAGUCAUAUUGCCAACCAUAUCUCGGGAUCUGGAUGCUGCCGAUACCAUAUCUUGGGCUGGCACAUCAGCCCUUAUUGCGAACACAGUUUUUCAGGUUCUCUUUGGACGACUGUCAGAUCUGUUUGGAAGAAAAGUUGUGUUUCUUUCGGCAUUGAUGCUGCUUGCAAUCUGUGACCUGCUCUGUGGGUUUUCACAAAAUGCCACCAUGCUCUAUGUCUUCCGCGCCUUGGCUGGUGUUGCCAACGGUGGUAUCACGAGUCUAUCAAUGAUGAUAGUGAGUGACAUCGUUACCCUCAAAGAGCGAGGCAUAUAUCAAGGAAUCCUUGGUGCUUGUGUGGGCCUAGGUAACAUGGUAGGCCCGUUUAUCGCAGCAGCGUUUGCACAGAAAUCUAGCUGGCGAGGUUUGUUCUGGCUGGUAAGCCCGCUUGCAGCGCUUUGCUGCUUGAUAUGCUUUGUCAUCUUACCGCCGUCGAAAGACUCUUCGAAGCUAGACCUCAUGACUGUCGCAAAGAAGAUCGACCACUGGGGUAUUCUCUUCGGAUCUGCAGCUAUAGUGCUCAUCUUGAUACCUGUUUCUGGAGGCGGCAGCUACUUUGCCUGGGACAGUGUCAUGGUCAUCUCGAUGUUGGUCAUCGGAGGAAGUUGUGCUCUGGCGUUUCUUUUCGUCGAACACAAGGUUGCUGUGCUUCCCAUGAUGCCUUUAUCCUUGUUCAGAAAUCCGCCUGUAUGCGUACUGCUGCUUCAAAACUUUCUCUUUGGCAUCGUCUACUACUCGCAGCUCUACUAUCUUCCACUGUUCUUCCAGAAUGCACGAGGCAUGUCGCCGAUCACUUCGGCUGUUCUGGUACUGCCAAUCACUGCUGCCCAAAUGACGUUGUCAAUCCUCUCAGGCCAGUACAUUUCCAGACGGGAGCGAUACGGCGAGGCGAUCUGGCUCGGCUUCUUCCUCUGGACAACCGGAGUCGGGCUGACCUGUAUAUUUGACCUCAACACGCCUAUAGCUGCCAUCGUGGUUAUACUGCUCGUUCAAGGAGCAGGAGUGGGCUUGAUAUUUCAGCCAACACUGGUUGCAUUGCAAGCUCACUGCUCUAAAGAACAGCGAGCUGUCGUAAUAUCGAAUCGCAACUUCCUACGCAGUCUGGGCGGUGCUGUGGGGCUUGCCAUUUCCGCUGCCGCACUGCAAAACUCUUUGAAGAAAGCCAUGCCACCAGAGUUUUCUUCCUUUGUAUCUUCAUACGAUACACCGGACUUUGAAGCGCUUGGAGCUUCGCCAGAGCAAAUACAAGGUGUGCUGCAGGCUUACGCUACAGCUAGUAGAACGGUGUUCAUUAUGAAUGUACCAUUCAUGGGGCUUUGUCUGAUCGGGUGUCUUUUGAUUAAGGACCGUGGGCUACAGCGUCCUGAUGAGCUACACGUCGUUAAUACCAGCGAUGCUGUGGCUGACAUGGUUGAAAAAGGGGGUGUUCAGCAGUCUGUGCAGGGAGCCUCUCAACCGGGGACAGCUGAUAACGCUAAGAGCAUUGAUGUGCGAGGACAACGAUAG